UUUCAAAGUUGGUUUUUAACGCAGAAUAAGAAAAAAAACUCUUAAAGCUCCCACCCUCACUGUUUGACAGAUAUACACUGAUUUCUCAAAAUAAGGCGAUUUUUCGAACUUUAGAAUUUUCCUGCUUUUUCGAAUUUUGACCCUCAAAACGUUUUUUUUUGGAAGAUCGAAUCGAAACACACAUAUUCGGAAUCAGCUCGACAAACUCUAUCCAACUAUGUAUAUAAAUCGAAAAAAUAAAAAGUGGUUGAAUUUUGAAUUUUGAACACCUUAAUUGAAAUACAGGUUAAAAAAUAAAGUGAAAUUUAUUCUUUUCAGAUACAUCAUCGACAUCCUGUAGUGAAUCAAAUUUGAAUAAUUGUCAUUUAUCAUCAAUAUCAGUUAACUCACCAUAUCUUAAUUUAGAAACAUUUAUUCAUCAUCGACGAUGUAGAAGAACCCGAACAGUUUUUUCAGAUGCUCAAUUGAUGGGCUUGGAAAAACGAUUUGAAACGCAAAAAUAUUUAUCCACACCCGAUCGAAUCGAAUUAGCUGGUACAUUAAACUUAUCACAAUUACAAAUAAAAACUUGGUAUCAAAAUCGUCGUAUGAAAUGGAAAAAACAGGCUCUUCAACAAUGUAAACAAGCACCCACAAAACCGAAAGGACGUCCAAAAAAGAAUUCUAUUCCAUCUUAUGCUGAAAUUAAACGACUUGAAAAUGAGGUUGCUGUUGAACAACAAGCGAAACAAGCUCUAGAAGAUAGUUCGUGUAUAUCACGCACAAAUUCAUUUUUAAUUAGUGAUAUACAGUUGAACAAUGAGGACAAUGCACACUGA